GGUCCCUUCGGUGCGGCCGGGGCGGAGAGCGCGGGCGUCUCGCGGGUCCCGAAAUGCCGACUGAGUAUUUCAUGUCAGUAGCAGCGCGGGGAAGGGCGCGGGCCUUCCGCGGCUCGCUCAGAGAUGCACCCGGGGACGAACCGCGUGUGUCCGCACGCACCCGCCCCCGGGACGGUCUUCUGGUAUUCAGCCAUUAACUCUGUGAACGCUUUUUUUUCUGCAGUCUUUCCUAGCGCGUGGAUCGCUCUGGAUGUGGAGUAGGAACUCAGGAGGCAGUUUGCCCGUGGGUCUGUCUGAAAAAGCCGGGCACGUUUCGGUGUGGGAGGGACGGAGGGAGGGCAGCAGCCCUCACUGGGCCGGCCCUGCCCUACGCCUGGUUAGUUGGCGUCCACCCCCCGGGCCUCUCAUUGCCGCUGCCCGGGGACACAGACCGCCUGCCUUCCUGAAGCCUUGCUCUUAGCUGCAGCUGUAAUAAACUGCGCUAGUUUAGGCUGUGCUUUUCCUACACUCACGUUUUUGUUUCAGAGGGACUGAAUGAUCUGCCAGCAAAACGUAGUCCCCGUCCUUUGUCAUACACCCAUAAAGGCAUUUAGUGUGGAGGUCUCAGAGAAGUGUGCCUGUAGAAGAAACUCUUAGAACAGUGCAGUAAUGAUGUUGCCCUGGUUUGUUUUGCAAUGUCAUCAACUUUAAUUUUAUUUGCUUAGUCUGUGUUAGGCUGUUUUCAGAAAAGGAAUUCAUGUUAGCCCACACCACAGAGCCUUGCAGUUCUGCCCAGUACUUACAGGCUGUGCUGGAGAGAGAGUUGCUGUCUCACAGGAAUGACUUUACUGUGAGAUGUAACAAAAUACAUUUCAUGGCUAAAACUGUCGAUUUUUGAAGGAAGGACUGGGAUUUGAAUGUUUGUAGUUAUGACCUCAAAUAAAGAAAAACCUUAAUACUCUGAUUGCUUAUUGUGUACAGAAUGGAAAGAUAACUAACAACGCUUCUUUUUCUUCAUAUGUGUUUCUUUUAAUCUUUUCAAUAUCCCCUUGAGGAAGGAAACAAGACUUGUAAGGUGGCAGACAAAAAGGUUAUUUUUAAAUGUCCUUUUAACCUUUAAACAAGGAGAUGUUCUCUUUACUGUAGUGUAAUCACAAGUUGUUGCCUGCUUUUUGCAGUUUGUAACUGAUUGCAGUAAGGUACUGUUCACAAGAUACAGUUACUGUCAAAAAGGCCCAGGUCCCUUUUUCUAUGAAUCGUUUGAUGCGAUGGUUUGGGCUGGAAGGGACCUUUAAAGAUGAUUUAGUUCCAAUCCCCCUCCUAAGGGACACCUUCCACCUAGACCAGGUUCUUCUAAGCUCUGUCCCACCUGUUCUUGAACAUUUCCAAUGAUGAAGCAUCCACGGCUUCCUUGAGCUACCUCUCACCAUCCUGAUUGCAGAGAAUUUCUUCCUUUAAUCCAAUCUAAAUCUGCCCUCUUUAAAUUUAAAACCACUGCACAUUGUACUGUCACUACAGAUCCCAGUAAAAGGUCUCUAUCUUCCUUGUAAGCCUUUUUUAAGCACUGAAAGGCUGCAGUAAGGUUUCCCCAGAGCCUGCUCUUCUCUAGACUGAACAAUCCCAGCUCCCACAGCCUUUCUUUGUAGGAGAGGUGUUCUACACUCACUCCAGCGAGGUCCACAUCAUUACUCAGUUCCCAGCACUUCAGGUAGGAUCUCACCAGAGCAGGCUGGAGGGGCAGAAUCCAGAUCCCACAGUCUGUGUGUCUUUGCUGAAGAUAAUAAACAGUAUUGGCUCCAGUAUGGGCCCUUGAGGGACACCACUCAUUAGUGGUUUGUGCUUGGUAUGUUGAGCUGCAGCUGUUUGGAUGUGGCCAUCCAGCCAGUUCUUUAGACAUGUAACUGUUCUAUUUUAAGCCCAUACAUCUCUAAUCCUUCAUUUUUUCCUUAUUUUCUAUCUUCUGCCUUCCCUAGUCAUUGGAGUUUUCAUAGGCAAAUUUAAGUGCCUGGAAUAGCAGAAAAAACUUGUGCUUUACUAAGUUUUCUGCUGUUUUGUGAGUUCAUUUAGUUCAUAGAAAGUCUGAUGAGGACAAGAGCUGUCAGGGAAAGUGGGGGGAAGGAAAAUAAAAGAGAAAAGUGAUGCCCCUAUUCUGCAGCAGCAAGUUGUUAGAUCAGCUUAUCUACUCAAGGGAGCAUAGCCAUAGCAUAGUGAUAAUUAAGCCACAUCCGUAGCAUAUUUUGCAUUACAUUUUUCAAUAUUGCAACUUAAAGAAGGAAAGUAGCAUUAAUUGUUUAAAACAUGACCUAGUAAGGUUGAAUGUGUGUUCCUGUGUACUUUCCAAACUGUAAUGCAGUUAUUGCAUGUGGCUACAGUAAGUUGUUGCAGUAGUUGAUGCGGCAGUCUUUUACUUGGUUGUUUUUGAUGGCAGUAUUGAUCUGAUGCCCACCCUGUGUUUGUACAUUGUGCUAUGAUCACCAAUACCUUCCUGUAAUGGUAGAAGUUUUUAAGAGUACAGGCAGGCCUCUUGUUACCACUCUGUUAAUCUAGUAUUGGCUGACCCAUUUUAUUUGCCCAUUGUAGUUUGUCUUUGAACUGAAAGGAUAAUUAUUUUUUUUUAAAUGUUAUUAUAUUCAUAAGAAAUAAAAGUCUUUAUUUCAGUGUUGUGGUACUAUUGGCUGGGUGAUUGUAGCUGGGGGAGGUAUUGUACAUUUCAGAACAUCUUAUACGUCUCAGUAUUUAAGCAUUAAAAAGAAAAACAGAAGUAGCAGAAACUGAGCACAACCGGAAAAAAAACAACUUGCUUUCCUUUUGAGAGAGCUGAUAGGAUAAACAGGACCUUGCAAAGAAAUACAUAUGUUUUAUGAAAACAAGGGGCAUGCUUAAAAUGGAGCAACCUGCAGGUUCUUAGUGUUCUUAACCUUUUGAGUUUGUGUUGAAUUUUUGUGCUGAGAAAUUUCUCUGGAGUUUCUGUCAUGUGAUCUGUUUUUUGUUUCCUCCGGAGUGCUAAGGCUGCUUCAUGCCAAGGAAUUGACUAAAAGUCCCUUGAAAAAUAAAGUUAUGUAAAAUUAUUCCAUGAUAAAGGUUGUUAUCUGUACAACUUGUAAUUGUAUAAAACAAGUCAACUUCCUGACUAGACUAAAUAUAUGAUAAAAGAGUUGAGUUGCAGUUUGAUAGUGCUGUUGCCGCUAUGUGAAAAGUCAGGGUGCUUGUCUUUCCUUUAUAGUCCAACAAGCUUUUAUACCUUGAGCUAAUUCAUUAAUUUUCACCUUGCAUGAGCCCUGGACCAUGCUGUUUCUUGUGCACCCUACAACAUUACUGUAAAAGCUAAAUGUGCUCUUAGGCACAUAGAUUGAUAUUUUUACAUUCUUGCCUUCUAUUACAGCCAUUAGUUUUCAUCAGUCAGGGAAUACCGUCUCUAGAUGCUGCAGCUAGUUAAUUCUGAAAAGUGCUGCUGGACACACUGGAAGUAUCAAUAGGAUAUCAUCUCAUUUUGACCCACUCUUAAGUUGUCAUGGGGGUCUGAUUUGAAAUCUGAGUGGUUGUGUUUUUCUGUUGUGCAUUUUUAAUUCACACUCUUGGUUUUUAGCAUUCCGUGCAGUUCUGUAGGGUCUCUUCUUGCCAAAUAUUAUAAGUAGGUUUAGGUUGAACUAGUAUUUACACUGGUCUCAAGAAUGCCUGGAGAAAUUAUUUUUUUGGUAAAGAGUUGUUGUACUGUAUAAUAGGGUUGAAAGGACAUCAUGGUGUGGGAGAGAAUGUUCUUCAGUGAAGUAAUAAAAAGGGAACAGUUGGGGCUGAAGGAAAGGUACUGCAUUGAUGACUCUGCAGUUCAACAACAUCCUCAUGCAUCUAGUUAGUUUCAAGUCAACAGGAGCAGGAUUGGGUCCCUGUAGUUCUUAAUUUAAAGUUUUGAGUUCAUAGUCUGCAUUAGAACAAAAAAAAUGUACUUUCAGUUUAGGAAAUACUCUUCUGAAUUAAUUUCCACGAAUUAUGCAAACUGCAUUGUUAUUGGUAUUUUUUUCCCCAAACUUCAGUCUAAUUAUUCUUUAAUUGUUUUAUUCACUUCUUAUUUUUCAGGAGUCUUUGAAAAAUCCUUAGUGGUCAUGACAUUGUUACAAGUGACAUAAAUUAGCCAGUGGCUCAGAAUGAUGGAUACCCAGAAGACUACAAAUGGUUUGCAAGUGAUUGGAGAAGGGACUGGUAUAGGGAAAUCGACACUCCACAUGGUGGGGUAUUUGGGAAAAAACUGUAAUCCUGUGGAAACAACUGCACAUGAAUAUUGUCCACUCUGCAAAGAGAAGGGUCAGAUCCAAGGUUUACGAAUUUACCGCCUUAAUUUCCAAGAGUCUAUUUUCCUUUGUGAAAAUCCUCAGUGUAUCUACCCACUUGGUUAUAAGCCGUUAAACAGCAUAAUUACUUCUGCUGGUUCUGAAAAUCAUCAAGUUCCAUCUACUCACAGGAAAAGGAAAUUGAGUGAGACCAGUGACUUUUCUGCUUUUGAAUCAGAUCCAAAAAAAGCAAGAACUAGCAAUGUGCUCAGUGUUGAGCACACCAUUACUGCAGACUCUGUUGUGAAAGGCUACCAGAAUAGUUUGUGUAUUCCCAAGGCAAGCCUACACGAUGCAUUACAAAAUGAUCAGCAAAACCCUGGCAGCCAAGUGGAGUCCUGCAUGCAGAAGGUGGAUUUUGAAACAACCACCAAGACCAACAACUACCAAGAAAGUCCACCGAAGACUUCUAGUCUCAAAACACAACCAUUGCCAAAUUCAGAGGUUUUAUCAACAGCAUCUGAAAUUUCACUCAAAGAGGAUAAAGGUCCCACUAAAACCAGAGGUUUGUGUCUUCAGUGGAGAAACAUACAUAAUCUUUGUUGGUUAGACUGUAUUUUGUCAGCACUGGUACACUUAGAAACAUUAAAAUCUGCUCUAACAGAAGAAUAUAACGAUGGAAAAUGUUUAUUCCAGAAUCUCUUAACAAACUAUAAUCAAGCAUCUAUUCUUCUGAAUACCUGCAAAAGGAGUAAAGUAAAAGAUGUUCUUCCAAAAGCAGAAUCUCAGCUCAAUGACAUCAGAAAGGAAAUGUUUACAGAACUUCAGCCUCAGCUGAAGUGUGAAUUGGGUAAUAUGAAGAAUCCAGUGUUUGCACUUCAGCAUCUCUUACAAGCAGAUCAACAAGCUGAGAAACUGUUCUUGCAUUCCUUUUCAUGGAAGUUUGAAUGUAUACAUUGUGGCCACAAAUACCAGGACCGAUUGAAGAAAACCCUUACAACAUUUACAAAUGUAAUCCCUGAUUGGCACCCACUUAACGCUGUUCAUAUUGGAUCAUGUAAUAACUGUGGUAAUACAUCUCAAAGAAGACAGAUGAUCCUGGAAAAAGUACCCUCAAUAUUAACAUUACAUUUUGUGGAAGGCUUGCCACAUAACAACCUGGAGAAAUAUUCGUUUAAAUUUGAAGAAGACACCUACCAAGUAACAUCUGUUGUUCAGUACCAAACAGAUAAGAAGCACUUCAUAAGCUGGUCUUUGAAUCCUGAUGGAACUUGGCUUGAAUGUGAUGAUUUAAAGGGUCCAUAUUGCAAGAGACAUAAAAGGUUUGAAGUUCCUCCUUCAGAGAUUCAUAUUGUUUUCUGGGAAAAGAAAGCAUCCCGUGUACCAGAAGAACUGAAUUCACAGUUCCAAAGUAAAAAUAGUGAAGAUCUUCCUCUUAAUAACGUACAUUCAAAUUCCACAGAGUUGCAUUGUAGUUUUGAUAGCACUGUCUGCAGAACACCUGCAGAACACCACAAAGAGGAUUCUGUGAGGACUCCAGAGAAGAAACGGCAGCAAGUACCUGAGGACAAAAGUAUUGUUCAUCAUGGUUUAGAAAACUUAGCAGAUGAUGAUCUUGUAACAGUGAUGCUUGAAGAAGUUCCAGUUGACUCAGAAGAUAAAUUGCUGCCUAAUGGACAGAUGGUGGGAAAUAACCUUCUUGAUGGAUGGGGCACACCACAACAGCAGGAACCAGCUUUUUCGCUUAGCACUCCAUAUACAGGAGAGUUUGCUGGAGCUAGUCUAGCUCUGAACAAUAAAUCCAUGUUAUAUGAAAAUUCCAGUACUUGCUUACCUCUAGAAGAGUUGAACCCAGUAAAUAUUACUCCUCCUGUGCCCAAAAACUAUGACCCAGAUUCAUCUGACUCAUCAUCUUCCCAAUUAAAUAAUAGAACUAAUUUAACUAACAGAGAAUGUAGACUAAAUUCAGAACUGCUAAACAAGAAGUUGUUAGCAGUAGAAAAUACUACACAAAAAUCACCUGACUUGAAAGAUGCAAGCAAAACUGUAGUUAAUUCUCAAGUUCAGCCCUCAAACAAACACCAAAAAGGAGGAUUUGUAGGAAGCUGGGUAAAAAAAUUAUUAAGCAAGAAUACUUCUUUUAUACCUUCAAGUGCCUCAGCUCUCGAGAAUGAGAGAAGUUGCAAAACUCCCUCCGUGCAAAAAAUAAGUGAAGUUCAGCUGCCAGCUAAGGGCGCGAGUAACUUUGGUGGAUUUCAAAGCAGAGGUACAAAGAAAACAACUAAGACCUCAAAGUUACUGGCUCCUCAGAGUAAUAAUACUCAUCCUUCAUCAAAUUUCAAAGGGUUUUCUCAAAGCACUUGUCUUCCAACAGCAAAUCAUACCACUGUUGUAGGUCCAACUUGGAUUAAGCCAGAAAGUACGUUGGAUACCUCAGGUAAAGUGGCUCAGUUCCCUUCAUCUGGUAAGGCAGAAGAGUCAGACAGUGACAAAACAAAAAAACUCCGCCUGAAAUUGUUAAAAAAACUUAAUGCUAAAAAGAAGAAGUUGGCUUCACUGGACAGAUUAGCAGUGGAACAGAUGAAACAGGAAAAGCUUGUAAGUGGAGACGUAAGCACCCCAUCGCAGACUGAAUCUAAAAAUGACAGUGAAUUAUUGCAGAGCUUUUUAAGGGAGCUGCAGUAUCAGAUUGAUGUCACAGGUAAUGAAUCUGGAUUUAAUGCAGAUGCUGUGCCAGGCUGCACUGGCCCUGAUAACACUGAUGAAAUACUGGCGGAAUUACUGUCCCCUACCUCGACUGUCGCUUCCUUGGAGACUGCAAAGAGCGAGGAUGAGUGUAUGUACAUGGAGAUGGUGCACAGCAGCGUGGCAACCACUGUGCCCCAUGAGAGCACCAGUGUGCCACAGGCAACAGUGACAAGCGAGGACCACAAUUACUACAGUCCUGUAAAGGACACUAAUUCAGAGCUUGAUGCAAUUAACAGACACAGUGUGAAAAAACUUUCUUUUGAAAGUCCUGUGAGAGAUGAUAUCCUUGAAGAUCUGUUCUCCAUUUCAGCACCAAGCUCAAUGACAGGUGACAUAGAUCUGCCUCAUUUUGAUGAAACUCUGUUUGAGACUUGGUAAAUACUCAGUUUCUUGAGGUUUUUUUUCAGUGUUAUGUAUAUUUUGAAACAAAGCACUACUAAAUUAUAUUUUAUAAAUAGUUUAAUUGCACACUGGCUGUACUUGAACAAUGUUCAUUUGGGGGGGUUUCUUAAUAUUUUAUUGUAACAAGCAAAUCAGGGUUUAAUGAAUUUUAUUUUUCCUGAGAAGCAGUUAUUUUAGUCAGAUAUCAUGAUUUUUAAUUAAAAGCUCCUAUGAGUCUUAAUUUUUGCUGCUUUUAAUAUCAAAAACUUCCAUACUCUAGUGAGUUUGAGUUCUGUAGUCUUGAUGAUGUAAUAGUGUAAGAAAUACUAUUUUUGUAGUAGUGAUUUUCCACUCAACUCCUGAAGUUAUUUUGUCCAACAUUUAAAAAAAAAAUUAAGUACCUUCUGUAAUUUGGGAAUUUUGCAUCUCCUUAUUUGAAGAUCAUUUGUAGCAUUAUAAACUUUAGACUGGCAUUGAGUUCAUUACAGAACUACUGUUCUACAAGCUCAUGCUGAUAUAUACACUCCUUGGAUCCAAGAAACAGUGGAUAUAUGGUAGAAAUUUUUCUAUUUAAAGUUACAGCACCUACUGAGUUUUCAUCCUGGGCAAAUGCAAAUAUAACUUGGUAAAAUAUCUUCUGAGCAAGGUUUUUUUUUUUUAAAGUAGAAUUAGUAAGAUUCAGUCCAGGGUUUGCAUCACUAAGAAAGAAUAUCAGAUGUACCCGUUAGUUUUUCAUAGCUGCAAAAACAUUUAAUAAAAGAAAGGUUUCUUAGAUUUAAUUUAACCGUAAGUUAAUGCCUUUUACUGUUGUCACUUGGAGUUUUUUAUUACUCAGGCAGUGCACCCCUGACCGUAUGUGAGAUGCCAAGGAGAGGCAAAGGUCAGUAGGAAGAAAGUAAUGGAAAAAUGUGGCAAGACAGCAGUAAGCAGGGGGAUUCACACCUUGGUUUCUGGGUUUGUACAGAUCUCAUUUUGCUAUAUUGGAGUCUUUUUUAAAUGCAUAGACACAAAGCUGAGGGUAUUAUAUGCCAAAUUAGAUUAGCUGUACAUUUUUCUUGUUCUUGGAAAUAAGGAUUUUAUCAGCAAGUCUUUAUAUCAGGUAUUUUUAGAGGCAUUCUCCAUUUUUUCAUUGUUUUAGUUCCCAAGUUCGGAACAUUAAAUGCUCAGUCUUAGUUUUCCAGUAGAUGCAGUUGAACAUAAUGUUAUUAUAAGGCAUGGCUACAGAUUCUAAUGAUUUUGAAUUGUUUGAACUAGGUUUAAAUAGUGUUUGAAAAACUAUCAGUGGCCCUGAACUCACCGUAUCAACUUAUUUCUGCUGCAAUUGGGUACAUUGUUAUCAAACUGGUACUUCAGGCAGUGAAUGUUUUAAUUUUUGAAAUUUAAGUUAUUGUGAAGAACUUGAGCUGCUUCUUUGUUUUAAAUACUGUAAUUGGUAAUGUUCCAAUACAAAACACAAAAUACAAGUCAGAAUGGAUUCUGAAUGUUAAGGGCUGGUGUACUGCUUGUGAAAUGUUUGCCCGUUUGUGAAUUCCCUAAUUAAAACAAACAAACAAAAAAAAGCUGA